AUGACUAGAUCCACCUUCAGGGAUCACUAUGUACUGGGUGUUUCUCUUGAUACUCUCGCUUUCUUACAGCGCCCAAAAAUUUUAAGUCGCAAACAUGAAGACCUGGUUACGGGGGCGAUUACCGCCAAAACAAUCCGUAUGCCCAGCAGGAUAACUACAACCCACAUGAUAAUUACGGCGGAUUAUAAUCAAGGGAGUGCAGCCACAGGAAACUACGAAAUGGCGAAGAUGACGGACUCAACCCCCGGUGGAGCUGAUUCUCAGCAGGAAUUUUUUGCAGAAGUAAAUGAACUCAGAGAAGAUAUCGACCAAGUUAAAGCCAAUAUCACUCGUAUUGAAUCGCUGCACCAGCGCUCUCUCACAGAUAUUGAUGAAUCUACAUCAUCCCAAACGCAUCAUCAGUUGGACUCUUUGGUCGCUGAUACCUCGGCGUUGAACAGAGCUCUUGCCGACAGGAUCAGGAGGCUAAAAGGAAAGGCUGCUACCGAUCCCAGCAAGGCACCUCAGGUUAACAACCUGGACCGCAGCUUCAAGGAUGUUCUCAGGAAAUAUCAAUCAGUAGAGGCUACUUUUCAGAAGAGGGCUCGUGAGCAGAUGGCUAGACAGUAUAGGAUUGUUCGUCCGGACGCCACUGAGCAGGAAGUACAGGAAGCAUGUAAUGACGGACAAGGCCAACAAAUCUUUUCGCAAGCUCUUUUGUCGGGUAACCGACGGGGCGAAGCUCGAUCCGCGCUCCGCGAAGUGCAGGCGCGGCACAAUGAGAUUCAACGCAUCGAGAAAACCAUCAUUGAGCUCGCAGAUCUCUUUACCCAGAUGGAGCAGUUGGUCGUUGAACAAGAGGCAAUGGUUGAGAACAUUGACCAGCGAGGAGAAGAGGUUACUACAAAUGUCGUCAAGGCCCAAGAAGAGAUUGGAGAGGCUGUGGAGAAAGCUCGUUCCCGAAGAAGAAAGAAGUGGUGGUGCCUUCUCAUCGUCCUUCUCAUCAUCAUUGCAAUCGUCGUUAUCGCAUUGGUGGUCACGAAGGUCAACGGCGUGUGGUAAAAGUCUGGUCUUACGCGGGGUGAGGCGGAAAUGCUCAAAACACUUGAACGAGAAUUGCUUUUCAUUUAUAUACCCGUUUUUCCUUGCUUGCUUUUCCUUCGUAAUUUGGUCACUUUUGGAUCCCGGACUCUUGGGAAACGUGCUUGCAUUGCUUUCUUGAUCGAUUCAGAGGGGAUACCCUUUUCUUACAACUUUUCUAACUUGAGGUAAAUACAUGUGUUAUGCUCAACAGUUCUCAUCAUCAUUGUCAUCGUCAUCAUCGCAGUCUUGGUCACCGUUUUGCGGAAAAAUAACAAUAACAGUGGCGGCGGUAGCGGCGGCGGAUCAAAUCCUUGAACAAUCAAAAUCUCCGACGGGCAAAAUUGGUUCCCUUGCACAGGCGAGGACGCAGACGAGGUCCUAUCUGUUUAUCUCUCUAUCUGCCCAACAUGUUAAUGGGGUAGACAUAGCGUGCUUGUGUUCACUUAUUUUUUUCUUCAUUUUCCUUUACUUACAUAUUUCCCCACCAUUCCUUUCCUGCAAGCCUUAGGUGUUUUCCUAUCUCUUGUAUUUGUUUUGUUUUACAUUUUUUACCGAAAAAAAAAAAACUCUUCUGUGUACUACCUUUAAAACUGUUGGUAGUAGUGGGCACUGAUAGGGUUGUUGGGGAGGGGGAGGUGGUGAUUGUAUGAGGGGGAUUAUUUAAUACACUUUUUCUAUAUUUCCUCUACUCUGCUCGGUCGUUCAUUAUACUGCUAUCAUGGUUGUUUCUCCUUGCCUUUUCCCGCGAGUGUUUGCGAGUCUAGUUUGCUUUUUUGUGCAAUUGUUCUUUUUGUCCGUGAUCUCAGUAAAAUGUGGGGGGGGGUCGAUGUUUCCACCGCAAUGAAACCAUUAUCAC